UGAGCUUCGAGCGACUAAACUCAACGCCGCAUGGUGUGUUAUAUUUUUGAUUAGAUUAGAAAAAUUGUAAUUCACACUUGCAACUCAGGAAGUAAAAAGUUGUUUGACCUCAUUAUCGCUGCACUUCAUUUGACUCACUUUAACUAUGUGGGAACUGCACUAUUACACGGCAGUUUUUCCGACUUAAUAUCCCUCCUAUGUCACUGUGCUGGUGGCGGUUUGCGCGCUAAGCGGGCAUGCUGACGUUGGUCAACGAGCACAUAAAUUCCAUUCAACCACAAAAUCGAGGGGAAUUCACAAUUUAGCGUGCUCCGAACUGGGCUCUCGGUGGGGUGACGCGUAGUUGGCUGGGGUUUUGUGCGCUCAUUCGUUGCGUGCGCGUGAAUCGAGGCGCACCGUAUCGAUCAAGUGUGAUAAAACGGAAAAGCAAUUCCAAUAGCAAAAAAAAAAACAAUAAAACAAUAAUAUUUCAUAACAUUUCAUUGUACAGCGGCGCUUAUCGUGCGCAAUCCUGUCGAACCCAAGGCUGGUAUUAACCACGCAUUUCUUCAUUUCAGUGCGUGCGUGCGGGCAUACGUGCGGGAAUUCCGCUAACAACAUAUCCUAGCGACAGGCGCUCGACGAGUACGCCAUAAAACGGAAUGAGUAUUGUGCAACACAAGGAUUUACUAACGCAAUAACGCCGCGCUGCAAACGUGUACGCAUUUUUUCCUGCUUUCGUUCUUUUUGUUUUUGCAUUCGCAGUACAACCGUGUGUAUACUCGUGUAGGCGACCACGCGGCAAAAGUGCCACAACAGCGCAAAAAUGGAUAAACUGUUGUCCCUUUUCGAAAAUGCUGACCCAUUCAAAACCUGGUGGCCGACCAUCGCCGCAGCGGUGUUCGGUGUCGUUAUAAUGGUGCGCACACUGAUGAGCGGUCAACGCUGUCCCAACGACAAUCAAAUACGCGAUCAAAUAGUUAUUGUGACGGGCGCGAAUAGCGGCGUCGGCCUGGAGAUAGCCAAGGCGUUGGCGGCGCGCGGUGGUCGCAUUGUGUUGGCCUGCCGCAACAUGGCCGCGGCAGAACGUGUGGCGCGGGUUAUUAAGCGCGAGCUGGCCUGUCAACGCAUUGGCUUGCCAGGUGAAGGUGAGGCGGAGUUCUUUGUGGAGGCGCGCUAUCUGGACCUGCGUUCCUUUGAAAGCGUGCAUCGGUUUGCGCGUCGCAUCACCGGCGAAUUCGAGCGCAUCGAUGUGUUGAUAAACAAUGCGGGCAUUAUAUUCGGCUCACUUGGCGGCCGCACCAUCGACGGCUACGAGGAGCAUCUGCAGGUGAAUUAUCUAUCGCACUUUCUGCUGACGCAGCUGCUGCUGCCACACUUGCGACGCUCACCGAGCGGCGGGCGCGUGAUAAAUGUAACGGCACACGCUCAUGCCGCAGCCAAAAUCGAUUUCGACGAUCCGCUGAAUGUGGGCACUUGGGCGGUGAAGUUCCAUGCACGUGACGCCUUCGCUCACUCCAAGCUAGCCGUGCUGUUGGCAACGCGUUGGUUGGCGCGCCAAAUGAAAGGCACUCCACUGACGGUCAAUUGUUGCACACCUGGGCUGGUGCGCAGCACGGGCCAUUUACGCAAUUCACCGCUAAUGUCCGCCAUUAGUGUAAAAUUGAUGACCUUCCCGUGGAUGUGGCUGUUCAUGAAGAAUCCAUUUGAGGGUGCACAAUGCGCCAUACGUCUAGCCACCGAUCCGAAGCUCAAGAACGUAAGCGGCGAGUAUUUCAAUGAUUGCGAAAUAGCACAAUCGUCACUACAUGGCCGGGAUAUAGCUUUGGCGAAGAAAUUAUAUAUGCAGACAAUCAAGGAAUUGGAAAAGGUUACCAAAUUGAGUAUUGAAAAUUAUAUUGAGAACGAAACUUCCCCGCUGGCAAUAACUCACGAACCAGCAGAAGAGAACUGCAUCAAACAACCGGAACAGGAACUGCCAAAAAAGAAACAACAACGUGGAAAGCAACAAAAAGCAAGACAUUGAAAUUGCUGUUGAAUAUAUAAUAUGUACGUUGAGUGACAAAAACAUCCAUAAAAAGACUACAAUAAAAAUAAUGAAA